UUCCUCACCUCCAAACCCACUCGACCGCCGGAAUACCUAAGAAGCUAGCUACCUGCGAAGAUCAACUCUCGACCAGAGAGAUGGCAGCUGGGAUGCGCUUUCUGCAGCUGUUCGCCGCCGUUCUCGCGUUCAGCUUCGUGCCGGCCAAGUCCGACUACUGGCAUCAAGCCUACGCCACGUUCUACGGCGGCGCCGACGGUGCGGAAACAAUGGGUGGCGCAUGUGGGUACGAUAACCUGUACGCUGCGGGCUACGGGCUCAACAACGCGGCGCUGAGCACGGUCCUGUUCAACAACGGCUUGUCGUGCGGGCAGUGCUACCUCAUCACCUGCGACACCAGCAAGUCGAAUAUGUGCAAGCCCGGCACGUCCAUCACUGUGUCCGCCACCAACUUAUGCCCUCCCAACUGGGCUCUCGCCAACGACAACGGUGGGUGGUGCAACCCUCCCCGCGAACACUUCGACAUGUCCCAGCCCGCCUGGGAGAACCUCGCCAUCUACCGUGCCGGCAUUGUCCCCGUCCUCUACCAGCGAGUCACGUGCCAGAGGCAGGGUGGCCUGCGGUUCACCAUCAGCGGCUUCAACUACUUCGAGCUGGUGCUGGUGACCAACAUCGCCAUGAGCGGGUCGAUCAAGAGCAUGUCGGUGAAGGGGACCAACACGGCGUGGAUUCCGAUGUCCCAGAACUGGGGCGCUAACUGGCAGUGCCUAGCGGGGCUGAAAGGGCAGGCGCUCAGCUUCGCCAUUACCUCCUCCGGCGGCCAGUACAAGGUCUUCCAGGACGUUGUGCCGGCCUGGUGGCUGUUCGGACAGACCUUCUCCACCUGGCAACAGUUCGACUACUAGCUAUAAUAUUUGUAUAAUUCGUAUUACUACUACUAUCAGUUCGCUUCGUUUAGGGCGAACAUGCAUGGAACUCUCCAGACGCAUACUCAUUAUUUCUUCGAUCUCUUUUGAUUCUUCAGCUCGUUGCCCAUCGAGUGGCAGCAGUAGAUUUGAAUUGUAAAAUCUGUAAUCCACGACCACCUAUAGCUAUUAAAGGAUUAUUUGGCGUGGAA